ACCAUUCGGCUGUGGGAUGCAGGGACGGGGAAGCCAGUCGGGGAGCCCUUGCAGGGGCACGCUGAUUCAGUUUGGUCGGUCUCGUUCUCGCCGGACGGCACUCGCAUCGUCACUGGUUCAAGGGAUCACACUGUUCGGUUGUGGGAUGUAGGAGCAUCCCAUGACGACCGCAGUUCGACCCCCUUUUGCCUGAAUCGUGACAGUGGAUGGAUGGUAGGACCUAAACAUCGGCUGUUAUUUUGGGUACCACCCGCUUCUCGAAACCCAUUUUAUAGCCCUGGUACUUUAUUAGUGAUACCCAGAGGAGGUCCCGAGCUUGAUUUAAGCCGCAUGGCACAUGGACAACACUGGCAAAGGUGCCGAGAGGAGUGA